UUUAUGCACCUCGCAGCUCUUGGGCAAAAGUGGAGAGAAGGAAUGUCAUGGACGACGAACGACGGCGACGGGGAGGCGCAGGUCCGUCGACUUCCCCACGGCCCGCCGGAGGGCCGCCGUCGUCAAAGGCCGUGUCAUGCGGCGAGUGCCGUCGGCAAAAGGUGCGCUGCGUGACCGAGGUGGGCGACCACAAGUGCCUGCGAUGCUUGCGCAUGAGGAGGAUGUGCAUCAGGCCCGCCCCGAUCUCGCGCCCCUGGUCUUCGUCAACGUCACCGCCCCCAACGCAGGAACACGACGAAGGCAGAGAGGCAGAAGCCGCAACGAAUGGAAGCAAGGCAAAGAGGACAAGGAGGAGCGGCGUGGAGCUUGGCCUGCCUGCGGUCAGCAACCCGCUGCGCCUCCUCGCAGAAGCUGGCCACGGCCACGGCGGCGACACGAGCUGGCUCUCUUACUUUUCCGAUGGCGUCUUCGACUCCAGGCCCGAGGUUGGGCGGCACUUGGACCCAAUAGCAGGAGGCCUCGUCACUGAAGAGCAGGCCCGGGAGCUGCACACCUUUUUCAUGGUCAACCUCAACCCACGCACAACGCUCCUCGACCCGGAGAUCUACACUUUUGAGCACAUUGGCCGGCAUAAUGCCCUUUCGACGGCCAUCUUCUUUGCCGCAGCCCGCUUCGAGACAAAAACGCAUUCUCUCUCGAAGCCUUUGGAGGAUCACCUGCGCCAGCACGUCAUUCCCCACGUCGUGCUCUACGACUGCGCCACCAUUGAGCUCGUAAUAGCCUUUCUAAUCUAUGGCGCAUACUACCCGGUCACGCCUCGCGUCAUUGACGACCGAUCCUGGUCCGUGGUCUGCCAUGCCGCACGUAUGGCGACGGAGCUCGACCUCAACUCGCGCAUACACUCGUCCUCUCUCGACGAGACUGCUGGCAUGGCCGAAGCGAGGCUGGCGCGCCAUUAUCGGACCAGAGAGCGGACAUGGCUCAACCUCUGGCUGCAGGAGCAAUCAUUUGCCAACAAGACGGGAAGGUUGCCCUUCUUGGCGACGCGGGGUGUCGUCGAUCAGUCGCGCGAGUGGCACCGCUCCGUGCAUGCAAUCGAGGGCGACGGCGUCGUUGUAGCUCACGUUCAGCUAAGACUGCUGUCUAUGAGGUGCCAAGAGCUCUUCGAGCGGCUCAGGACCUCUGACGAGAACAUCGAAUACUAUCUCGAGCGGGCAGAAGCAGACGUCGAGGCUUGGUCUGCUCUGCACAGGGACAUUGAGCCGACGGCGAAGAGGUCCGCCAAGAUGGCUAUCUACCAGCAACAUAUCAGGGUCAUGAUCCUCGUCAUGCCCUUGCAGCAUCCGCAAGCUUCCUCCUCCUCCACUGCUCCACUGGCAAAUUCUACGCUGCCUCGCCUACAGGAUGCCGUGCUGGCCUACCUCGCUGAGGUGGUCUCACCAGCGAUGCAGCAAGAGGCGAGAUACAGCCACAACUCGCUCUUCACUGCUGCUUCCUACGUCGCCGUCCUUGCGCUCAGGCUUGUCGCUCUGGCGGGCCGGCACGCGUUUGUUCGAGCCGAUGCCCUUACAAAAGCCGUCGUUGAUACGGCUCGCGUCUUUCGCGAAGCGUCACGAGACAACGGUGGGAAGGGAGGUGUGGCGCAUCGGCAUGCCGAGUAUCUCGAAUGGCUCAUCUCACGGCAGCAGCAGGCUCAGCAGCAGGCUCAGCAGCAGGCUCAGCAGCAGCAGCAGCAGCAACAACAACAACAGCAGAGGCAGCCGAUCGAAAACAAUCGGGCAUCGGCUCCUUCCGAGUCCACUGUCCUGCCAUAUGAACCUAAGGUGGAUGGCACCCUCGACCUUCAGCAGACUGACCUCGACGCCUUAUUUGCCGACGUCGACUUUGCCUCAUGGGUCCAACGAUUUAUUGAAGCCGACUCAUGAGGGUCAGCACAUCAAGUUCUCAUCAGACGUUGAGGACUCUCUCGCUUUUUUGCUCUGUCACAGCUAGACCGUUCCUGUGUUGCGCAUUCUAGAGAACGUGAACAGC